AUGUCGACAAAAUUUCAAACAACCAGCGAAUAUGUCACAUUUCUAAUUAAACGUGCAAUUCCACAUACUAUCUAUAAUCUAACGAAAUCAGCGGCUGACCUGGUAGAUUCACAAGUGACACCCGAUCCGGACGUCUAUUUAGCUCUUCAACAAAGCGAAGUAUUCGUUCAACAGUAUUGUUAUAAACAAUGGCAAAAUGAAUGGGAAUAUAAUUGGCGUGGUGCAGCUACUGAACCUGAACAUGAUGAUGAACCAUUUGCUCAAGUUGGUGCAGCUGAGGAUUAUAUUUUUUACAAUAGACAAGUUACAGGUUUUAAUUUUGUAGAUUAUUUAAAGAAUAAACUUUCAGAAUCAAUUUUAAAUAAUCUAGAAACGACACAGUUAGUAACUCAUAUACUGGAUCUAUUAGAAUCUGAAAGUAAAACAUUAAAUAAUAAUUGGCAUGAUAAUUUUAAAAAAUUUUAUUUACAAGGUGACGAUGAAGAUGUAAAUUUAGUAACUUCUCAUUGCGAUUUUUAUUAUACCGCAGCAUCUGUUGAGGAUU